AUGGUGUCUUGUCGUAGGUCUAAAUUGAAAAUUCUUAAAAAGUUUAAUUUGUUUGGGGUUUCUUUUUACACAACUAAAUUUAAUUUAGCGUUAAAUAGUGUUGGUAAAGGGUCUAGGGAUAGUUUUUAUUGUUUUUUUAAAAGUUUUGUUGUUGCUUAUAACUUGUUAGCGAGUAAGGUUAAUAUUGACAGGUUCAGAGAAAGGUUUAUGGAUGUGUUAAAGUUUUUUAAAACUUUAAAGUCUAGGUUAGAUAGUAUUUUAAUAAGAAGUGGGUUAUUUUUAACUAUAAACCAAGUUAGACAGAGCGUAUCUCAUGGUCAUGUUUUUGUUAAUAGUACUGUAGCACGUACUAGUGCUUAUAUUGUUAGGGAUUUAGAUGUUAUACAUAUGGGUAACAUAUCUGGUAAUGUUUUUAAACUUUCUCUUUUUUAUAAUUCUCUGUUUAAUGUUGUUAGUGGUGAUUUUUUAUACUCUAGAGUGAUUAAACAUGUUAGAUCUAAUUCCGGAGUGAAGGAAUUAUUAGUUGGGGCUACUUUUAGAUCUUACGGUUUAACUGUGUGUGUGAAAUCUUUUAAAGUUAAGGUUAAUAGUAAAGCGUGUUUAGGUGGUGCGGACUUUUUUGUGUGA